GUUCCAGAGAUGAAGGAGAAGAAGCAGAUGAGGCGAACCCUGAAACAAGGGCGAUGGAUGAUCCUGACGGAGAUGGACAAGCAGACUCAGAACCAGAAGCAGAAAACCAACCGGGGAACAUCGAAUGGAUGGGUAGUUGGCUCACAGACUGGAAUCCUGAACUUGGACGACUACAAGAAUACAGAAUCCUGGAAAACUCAGAUGAUGCUGAAAGUGGUGAAGAGUACUUCAUGAGCAAUCCUCUGGGAGGAUACCAAAGGAGAUAUCGCCCUAGCCAAUCCGAAAGAGAUGAAGCAAGCCCUAUGGAGAUUGAUGAGACCGAGAUUGAUGAGCAGCUCAGACGAAGUGCCGAACGAGCUGAAGAACGAGCCCGCGGUGUGUGGGCUGACCCGCCUGGAGAGAUACCGCCUGUGGAUGAAGACUGGUGGGACUAUGACACCCUGAUCCGGUGGCUGAAACCGGAUGAGCAACCUCGAACACGAAGGUUGAAAGAAGCUGGAAUUUUCCCCAACAACCAGCUUAAGGAAUUUCUGAGGACUCGACUGACGUCGAUCUAUGGUGGACGCUACAGUCACAUGGUGUUCGACCACCUUUUGAGUUGGACACGCGAAGAACAGAAAGACUUCGCAGCUUUCAGUGUGGCCGUGAUCACGAAUCAGUGGGAUCACGAUUUCGAUGGCUGCGCGAGACGGUACAUAGAGACCGGCGAGGGCGCGCAGGGCCUCCUCGACUUGCCCGACCUGCAAUGCGCCUGGCUCCUCCUCUUGUAUUGCGCUGCGCCGCGGGCCCAGCACCUGCUCCGGACGCUCCCGCCCGACCUGAGUGCCGGGUAUGCCAAUGCCCACGACCAAGCAAUCUGGGAUACCCUCCAAGUCCUCUUGGGGGGGAGCCCCACGCCAGACUCCGCAGCCUGGGCCGCUGCCCGCCGACUUACGUUCUUGCCGCAAUCUGAUGGAGGCUUGGAGGUGCCUUCUGCGGUUCUCACCGCGCCCGCUGCGUUCUGGGCCGACUCGCUGCCCAUCAUCCACGCGCGAUGGCCCGGGGUUGCGGAGCGGUGCGUUGGGGAGCUGGUCUCCGGUUCGCGGGCUCCGUCCCUCCGCGCGGGGGCGGGAGAGCUGUUGGACCGUGCGGGUUUCUCGCCCGGCAUGGCGCGCGUGCAUGCGCCCCGACGCGCAGCCACGUGA